AUGAGCUAUCUGUAGGGUCUUAGGAUUAUUAACGCUAUCAUGAAAUAUAAGGGAAAGAAGAAGUUCAAGCCCAGACCUAAGCCUGAAAUAGAGGCAGCCCUUUCAAUGGAUUUCACUCAUAUGAGUCCAGAAAAAGUCAAAGAAUUUAAGAAAAAUAUGAUGUAUGGCAGCACAUAUGAGAGAUUUUUUGGGAGAUAUCAUGACCUGAGUGCAGGUGAGGCAGAAAUUCUCAAGUAUAAAAGAUUGAGUGAACUAAAGAUAGUAAGUCAUCUUAACCCACAGGCGAUAAGUUACAUAGAAAACUGGACCUACUUGAAAGAUGAUAACUACUAUGUGAGUAUGGUGAUUGUUGUACUUAGAAAUCUCUAUACAUUCUUAAAAAAUCUUCAACCUAAAGUCUCUACUUAUACAGAAAAGCACUACUGGGCACAGAAGCAUGAACUAAUCAAUCCUUCCAGAUUCGAUACUAUUGAAAUAGCAGUUAAAAAAGAAACUCACAAAAACAUGCACAAUACCAACUAUAAUAAAUUGAUGAGGGAAUAUUCACAGCCUACUCUUUUCAGAAGAAAUCAGUAGGGCUCUGGCAAAUAUGUUGGAGUCACACCAGCCGAAAUCAAGCAGUAGUUGAUGAAAGGAAAUAUGAACAUACUUGGGAAAGUUAUUACCACAGAUCCAGCUUCAACUUCAUACAUGGCUAACUACAAAGGUCUUAUGCCAAGAUAAAGAAUUAGACCACUAGACCUUGAUUAGGCUGUAAGCAUGACUGGAGGGUCUAUCAUUCCAGAUCCUUACUUAUAUGAAACACUGAGAAAAGAAUAACAAUCUACCCUUGAAACAUUGAGAAAGACUUAAUCCAUGCAAACUUUGCAGUAAAUAAUAAUUUUUUUAUUAAUUUAUAGAUUUUUUGAGAGAAAAGCACCAUCAACUAACUAUAGUCCUACUAGAUCUUUUAAAUAUUGGUGA